UUUGUUGUGUUGAAUGAGAGUUUUAAAUACAUACACUUUGACAUUUUCCCAGGGUUUAAGAAAAAAGCAAUAUCUAUCAGCUACAGCCUGAGCUGAUGUACCUGGAUAUGACCCAGCGUGUAUUCUGUGUGUUGUCUUUCAUACAUUGCCACAUACACUGUUGACCAUUGGGCUGUGGCAUAGCCCAUAGGUACCACUAACCAUUUGCAAGUUGCAAUGGUUGUUGUUGGUCAACUCAUUUCAGCUGCUUGUUUUCUUUUGUUUUGCUUUUGCAUGACUGCUCAGUUCCUAACCACCUUGCCUUUCAGAGAUUACCUUAGUCAAGCGAUAAAAGAGUCAACACAUCAUGGCAACUGUUUUGUCCCAGUACAGCACUACUGGAUUCUACAAGGCGCCGGUGAGCAAGGGUCUGAUGGGCGGCCUGUUCCUCACGUGCACGGCCAUCAACGUGCCGCUGCUGGCGCACUUGCGCCACCAGCUCGAGUGUCGCCUGCCGGACAUGCUCGGCUCCCCACUGUUCUAUCGGCUGGUCACCUCGCGGCUGGCGUUUGUCGACACCAAGGACCUGGUCUGCAGCGCGCUGCUCAUCUACUACUUCCGAAUAUUUGAACGUCGAUACGGGUCGCGGAAGUUUGCCAGUCACCUUCUGGUGACGUGGACGCUCUCAACUGUGCUGGAGGUGCUCUGUGUGCUGGCGACACAGCGGCUCGGCCUGGACCUGCACCCCGGCAGACUGCUGCCGCCCGGACCGUACGGUCUGGUGUUUCCGCUGUUCGUGCCGUACCUGUUCGACGUGCCGCGGGUAACCACCACGCACAUCCUCGGCGCGCCUGUCACCGGCAAGACGCUCACCUACCUGAUCGGGCUGCAGAUCUGCUCGACGUCGGCGGCGGCCGGCCUCAGCGCCGCCUGCGGCAUCGCGGCCGGGCUGCUGUACCGGUGCAGCCCGCUGCGGCUGGGUCGUCUGCGGCUGCCGGCGGCGCUCUGCUGGCUGGCUGACAGCACGCUGGGCAGACUGCUCUCCUCGUCGCCGCCCACCGACGGCCCGAUGGCAGCGACUCUGGAGGCGCAGCGACAACAGCAGAUCGACAUGCUCGAGCAACAGAUGCUGCUGGAUAGAUAUCGAGAGAUGCGACAGCGCAACGCCGGCGCGGGCCGCGGCGGCGCACAGGCGCGGCACCAGCAGGGCCAGGGGUACGCCGAACAGCUGGUGGGGCACGGUGACCAGCCGCUCAACGGUCUGUUCUUCGGCCGGCAGCGGGCCGCCGCCGCAGCAGCCGCCGCCGAUCACCAACCGCAACAGGAGGCAGAGCCGGCGGCGCCCUCGGAGGCCUGCGUGCGUCACCUGGUGGAGAUGGGCUUCCAGCGCGACCAGGUGGAGGACGCCCUCCGCACCUCCAACAACGACAUCAACGUGGCCACCACGCUGCUACUACAGCAGAGCUAGCGGCCGGCCGUCAGCGGCUCAGCCGCCGGACUGGACAGUCGGGCGCCUGCCGCCGGACCAGUGACGUCACGCCACGACUGACUAGUCAGCUGGAGAGCAGGGAUCAGUGAUAGUCGGCCGCCCGGUGACGCCAUGCCAGCGGACCCGCAGACCUCAUCGCUCGCGGCUGAGGAAGUGGUUCGCUCAGGCGGUUUGUGCAGCCGGCAGGUCUGAGGUCAGCCGCACAGGGCGCCUUGGCUCGGUCAGGUCAGGUGGCUGUCCAUCCGUACACUACGUACGGGCCGCGCAGUGCGGCGGCCACUCAGUGCAGAGUAUUUACUGUCCAGUGACGUUUUUGUUAUGUGCCGUGUUUUAAAGUUUUAUUAUGCGCACAGUCUGUCGUGGUUGUGGACCCCCUGGCGAGGGGCGGUGGGGCUCGGUUGGCCCUGAGUGGGGGUCGUGUGGCAGAAUUCGAACCCCAAGGAAGCGAGCGACCUGCGUCCGAUCCCGUUUUACUUGGAUGGCUAGUGAAUUUGGCAUCCUACCGUACCGUACAGAGUACCGAGCGCAUGCAGCUUGACUGGCUUAGGUACCCGAGUACUGUACCGUAUACGUUCACCUGGCGUAUGCAGGGCUAAGGUGUACCGGCACCGUGGGCAGACUGCUUGCCCGUCCCAGGUGAAUAUUGAUCGUCUUAUACCUGAUGAGUAUAACCUCUGUGUUGACCGCAGACGUGUGUGGUGACUGUUGUCAGAAAUAGGCGCGGCAGCGUGUAAAAUAUCGUAUACAGGCGACUCCGGCAAGGCCUCCAAGUACCGCCAGUACCCAAGGUAUGUGCAGAGUGGUUGGUAUAUUUAUCGACUGUAUGGGGCGCCUGUGUAUAGUGCGGGUGUGCGGAGCGUGUGUGUGGUCGCGGGUGCAGUGUGAGUGUCUGUGUGUUCUGAGCACAGAGUGGGACAGCGCCGCGCUGACCCCGGCCGGCACUGUGCGCUGUACUGCCGCGUACUGGGUACAGCGUGCGUACGCCGUGCUUCAGUGAGUGGUGUGUGCGGGAACCGCGCCCCAGCGCAGCGGCUCAGACGGGAGACGGCAAUAAAUCACACAGUCGA